AUGUUUGAUCGUGUUUACAAUCCCCAAAUCAUCUAUGGAGAGAUUGCUCCAAUAAUUGAGAAUCCUUCAAGAAAUGGUACAAUUCAAUGUUAUAAUACAAGAAAUGCAACUAUCACAUGUGGAUCGAAAGAAUUCUGCAAUUUAGAUUAUGAUCAACGAGAAAAUAAGUUCAGAUCACGUGGUUGCAAGCAAAAUAUUGAACCGAGAGUUCAUGUUUAUGAUGGCAGAUCUUAUUCAUCAUUUGAAAUUGGAUGUAAUCGUGAUUUAUGUAAUAAUGAUGAAACACUUUCAAAAAUCAAAACUAUACUCAUCAAUUACGGUUUAAUAGAUGACAAUGGAAGACGGAUUGCUCAAGGAAAUAUAAAAAUGGUCUCUUUAUUAUUAAUGCUCUCAGCUUUGAUUUUUAAUAUUCUUUAUUCUUUGUGA